CUUCCUGGUUUCAGCUCGACUGCCGCUGCUGUCAACACAAGAGCCUGUGUGUCGUUCUGCUCGCUCAGCUCAUUGUUUCAGCCGGUUUUAACGCACUCUUUUCUGUUUGGCGCGUUAUUAUAAUGGAUAUUUACCUCUUUCGACCUUAUUGAAAGAAGACAUUUUGCUGCGCCAGACAAAUCUGAGGGAAGGAAUCACCAUCUGGUCAAAAUGUGCCUUGGAUUUCACUAAAAGAAAAUAUUCAUUGGGAAAAGGCUGUUGUACUGUGCUGCAGGUAUGAGCUUUGCAGAGGAUUUGUGGUGCCCUCAGGGUCACACAGCCUUAAUGAAACUCCAGGACUCUGAGCUGCGAUUGAUGGAGGUUAUGAAGAAAUGGAUGACGCAGAGGGCCAAGAGCGAUCGCGAGUUCUCCAUGCAGCUUCAUCAGAUGUCAGCCAUGGUAGAGAAGCUGGAGGGGUCUCAGCCUGGAGGAGGUCUGGACUACAUCAGCCAGCUCAAUAAGUCAUGGAAUGUGAUGGUCAGUCAGACGGAGAGCCUCAGUCGAAUCCUGCGCAAGCAUUCAGAGGACCUGAUGGUGGGUCCCCUCAGCAAACUGUCCCUCCUCAUCCGGGACAAACAGCAGCUUAGGAAGACGUAUGGAGAACAGUGGAACCUUCUCAAACAGGAGCUGUGCAGGGUCACCCAAACUGAGUUGGACAGACUCAAGUCCAGUUACAGACAGCUGGUACGGGAUGCAGCCCAGGCCAAAAGGAAGUAUCAGGAAGCCAGCAAAGACAAAGAGCGUGAGAAAGCAAAGGAACGCUACAUCAAAGCUACUAUGAAGCUGCACGAACAUCAUAAUGAGUAUGUGUUAUCGGUGAAGGCCGCCCAGGUGCAUCACAAACUCCACUAUAGCGAAAGUCAUCCAGGAUUACUGAGAGCACUGCAAACGCUGCAUGAGGAAAUGGUGCUUAUUCUGAAAGAGAUUCUGCAGGAGUAUUUUGAUCUUUCUAGUCUGCUUCAUGAUGAGGUGGUGAAUGUUCACACUGAAAUGGCCAAUGCCCUGAAGGCCAUCCAGCCGCACAAAGAGUAUGAAAGCUUUAUUCAGCAGAACAGGUCAAGGGGAGAGGUUCCUGCAUGUGUGGAGUUUGACGGCAGUUUGUUAGAGGACGCUGAGGGUAUAAAGUCUGAAGAUCUGCAGCUCAAUGAGCUCACAGUGGAGGGAAUCCAGCAUCGGCUCACUGCAUUGGAGGAAGAGCUCAUGAAUCUUGCUGCUACUCUGGGUUCUCAGCAGGCUGCUGUGAACCAGCUAGAGAUGGAUCUGGAGGCUGAGGAAGGGUCUGCACACAUAGGCCAGAGGGUUUAUCAGUUCAGUAAGCGUAAUGCUCUGGAGGACAGCAGGCAGCAGGUAGUCCUGUCGAUGGUGGCUCGUGCUCGGCUUGAAUCCCAGCGGAGGGUUUUGUCUGAUAAACUUCAGACUCUGGGCAGUAAUGAAGCUCCAAGCCUGGGCCUCAAUGACGAUCGAAUAUCUGUCACCUCCAACAACUCUAGCGAGUGUGACAAAGACCAUAAGCUCCUCAGCAUGGAUGCAAUCGUCAAUCACCUCAGCAGCUUGUUCAAGCCUAAGUACACGAGUAGUGUGUUUUAUGCAUCUAAACAGGUUCCCCCUGCCAUGACACCUGUACCCGAGGUGGAGAAGCCCCUGACUCAGCAGGGCUGGUAUCAUGGUGCCAUCCCUCGUCUGGAGGUGCAGGAACUGCUGAAGAAUGAUGGGGACUACCUGGUUCGAGAAAGCCAGGGCAAGCAGGAAUAUGUGCUGUCUGUGCACUGGGGCGGCCAGUGCAGACACUUCCUCAUUCAGAGUGCAGAUGGUGUGUAUCGUCUUGAUGGCGAGGGCUUCUCCUCUGUACCCCUGCUAAUGAAUCACCUCCUGAGCAGCCAUCAACCCAUCACAAAGAGGACAGAUAUUGAACUGAAGAGACCCAUUCUCAAGGACAAGUGGGUCUUAGAACAUGAUGAUGUCAUCCUUGGGCAGAGCAUUGGUCGGGGGAACUUUGGUGAGGUGUUCAGUGGACGCCUGCAUUCAGAUAAUACACCAGUCGCAGUGAAAGCAUGUCGGGAGAAUCUUCCCAUAGAACAAAAGAAUAAGUUCCUAAUGGAGGCCAGAAUUCUAAAACAGUACGAUCAUCCAAACAUUGUGAAGCUAAUCGGUGUCUGUACACAAAAACAGCCAAUAUAUAUUAUAAUGGAGCUGGUGCAAGGAGGAGACUUCUUAACCUUUUUGCGGACAGAGGGCCACAACUUGAAGCCCAAGAUGUUAAUCAGGAUGGCGGAGAAUGUGGCAUCUGGCAUGGCCUACCUGGAAAGCAAAAAGUGUAUUCAUCGGGAUCUGGCUGCCCGUAACUGUCUCGUAGGGGAGGCGAGUGUGGUGAAGAUUAGUGAUUUUGGGAUGUCUCGUCAAGAGCAGGAUGGUGUUUAUUCUGCCACAGGAGUAAUGAAGCAGAUCCCAGUCAAAUGGACCGCACCAGAGGCCCUCAAUUAUGGGAGAUACACUACUGAGAGUGAUGUGUGGAGUUUUGGAGUGUUGCUAUGGGAGACGUUUUCCAGAGGAGUCACACCAUAUACCAUACCGCAUAAUAUGACUAAUCAACAGACUAGAGACGAGGUGGAGAGAGGAUAUCGCAUGCCAGCUCCAAAUAACUGUCCAGAUGAAAUAUAUGCCCUUAUGUGUCACUGUUGGCAGUAUGAUCCAAGAAAGCGACCCUCGUUUUGCAAACUAAAGGCAGAUCUAUAUGCUCUAUGCUAGUAACACAUACUCAGAUGUAAGUGCAAAUUUAUCUUAAGAUGGGUCCAAAGCAAAUUGAUAAAAAAAAAAAAAAAAUCUUGAAAUGCCACAUAUUAAAUUAAUUAAUUAAAUAAAUAUAUUUUUCAUAUUAACAUAAAGUAAUAAUGGUACCAUUAGUAUCUUCAGAACAAUAUUUUUUUUUUUUAAUUCUGUGUAAAGCUUUCUUCCAAAUGCUUUUAUUGUUGACAUACUGAUUAAUUAAUAAUGACCAAAUUAAAUUCUUGCAGAUGGUACAUAACUUAUGAUCUUGAAUAAGUAUGUAUGUUUAUUGUUUACUGUAUGAAAAUAUUGCAAAUAAAAUAAAAUAAAAA